GUAGAGGCCUACGUCGAUAUUUUGCUAUCGGUGUUACCUUUCAAGGUUGUAGCUAUUCCUUUGGAGUUUUUCCUUUUGGACGACAUAAGAACAUCAUCGAUAAGCUAUUAAGACGCAAAAAGUAUUAUCACUUGGGUAUCGCAAAAUAACAAUCGUAUCAGACGCAUAGCUAUUUUGGAGGAAAGAGGAAAUUUGUUGUCGUAGAAGAAGCAAGAGAAGCGUUUGAUAAGCAUUUGCCCAAAGAUGAGCCUUGGCUGGUUUCUUCUGAAAUGUAUUACUCUUGUAUUCGUUAUUUCGCAUUCAUAUGGCCAACAACCUUGCAACAACUGCUGUCAGAGGCCCAAUCACAAAGAGAUUGACAAUUCUCGGCGCAGCGUGGUGAGUAAGUGGAAAUCAGGUCAAGUUGCAUUGUGUGACAAGGAUCUUGCAGUUGGAUGGUACCGUUUUACUAGCUUUGUCGGGGGGCAGAUGCCGACCAACAAAGUGAACAUAAACCGUUGUGGCACCCAAUCUCCAGUUUGGCUAGAUGGCACCACUGGCAACCAUCCCGCCAGCUCUACUGACCCUGUGGUUAGCAUCAAAGCCUGUGUUAACUUCCGUAAUUGGAGAAAUGGUUGUCGCUUUUCGUUCCACGUAAGCGUCAAGCGCUGUUCCGGAAAUCCUGACUUUUUCGUUUAUUAUCUUCAACCGACUUACCAAUGUGACGUCGCCUACUGCGCUGGAGAUGGUAUACCUUGUCCCUAUGGACAGAGGGGUACAUCGUUAGCAGCAUGUAAUGACCAACCCACGAUCACUGUACAACCACAAGCUCACGAAAAAACUGAGGGAGACACCGUUACUUUAUCUUGUAAGGCUGAUGGUAAUCCAGUACCGACAAUAUCAUGGACUGUAAAUGGCUCCCCAAUAGAUGUAAGAGGCAAUUCCAGGAUCAGUUUUUUAGAAAACAAACAGCAGUUGACAAUAAGGAAUGUGGAAAGGACAGACAGCGGAGUCUACAGAUGUGUGGCGAGCAACAAAUUUGGAAAUGCUACAUCCGAUGCUGCUUCACUGGAUAUUCAAUUUGCACCUGAGAUCUCCAAACAUCCAAAGGAUACUCAGGCAGUGGAAGGACAAGAUGUUGUUUUGCAUUGUUUGGUAGAGGGAAACCCAAAGCCGAGUGUUAGAUGGACAAAAAAUGAAGAAGAAUUGAAUUUAGCAGCAAAUCCACGACUAAGCUCAGCUAUAAUAAACGACACACAUAAUUUGACAAUAACUGAUGUUCAUCUACCAGACGCUGGUCAAUACAGAUGUCUAGCUAAUAACAGUGUCGGUCAAACUACUUCAUCUGCCGCGACGCUUAUAGUGGAAGAAUAUUGUAACACUGUACAACCACAAGCUCACGAAAAAACUGAGGGAGACACCGUUACUUUAUCUUGUAAGGCUGAUGGUAAUCCAGUACCGACAAUAUCAUGGACUGUAAAUGGCUCCCCAAUAGAUGUAAGAGGCAAUUCCAGGAUCAGUUUUUUAGAAAACAAACAGCAGUUGACAAUAAGGAAUGUGGAAAGGACAGACAGCGGAGUCUACAGAUGUGUGGCGAGCAACAAAUUUGGAAAUGCUACAUCCGAUGCUGCUUCACUGGAUAUUCAAUUUGCACCUGAGAUCUCCAAACAUCCAAAGGAUACUCAGGCAGUGGAAGGACAAGAUGUUGUUUUGCAUUGUUUGGUAGAGGGAAACCCAAAGCCGAGUGUUAGAUGGACAAAAAAUGAAGAAGAAUUGAAUUUAGCAGCAAAUCCACGACUAAGCUCAGCUAUAAUAAACGACACACAUAAUUUUACAAUAACUGAUGUUCAUCUACCAGACGCUGGUCAAUAUAGAUGUCUAGCUGAUAACAGUGUCGGUCAAACUACUUCAUCCGCCGCGACGCUUACAGUGGCAGACUAUUGUAAGUAUUCAACCCAAUUCACCAAUCAAUCAAAAACCGCGGCAAUGGAUUUUCGUCUUUUUCGACUUCAGUAGGAAAGAAAAUUUGUUAAUUUCCUAAUACAAGCAAGUUGCACUUUGGUGCAGAAGUCCGGGUUUUGCUUGGCUGAAAUUACCAGCUUAUGCUUUCGGAGCUAAGGGUACAGCACGUUACAGAACUUUACGACUCGAGAUGUACCUUAACGAAUUCUAAUUCACAAGCCGGAUUUUUGGUGCAUAGAACCGAGUCUUAAGCAAAAACACGGCGACCCAGAUUUUUAAUACAAAAAUCAGGACCGUGCCUUAAUUUAUCUAAGCUCACAACCCAUAUUAGCAGUUUAACAUAUGAGCUGUGUCCUACAGAAACUCGUAACUUGGGUGUUUCAGUGUAAGCUGAAAACUGAGUUGCUCCUCAUUUGAAUUCGCGACAUGCAUUUCCACUGUUCAAGAGGUACUUUGUCGAAAUGCACAAGACGGAUUUUUCAACGUGGAAGACCAAAGUUUCAGCUAUAAGAACUUGCCAACCAGAAUUUUUACUAAAAAUUCAGAUUUGCAAGUAUUUCACUGAAAUUCACAACUCGUAUUUUUUUCUCGUUUGUGUAAAAAAUCGGAGUUGCGUUAUUCGAAGCAAAGCACAAUACAAUUUUGUUGCAAAAUUAUAGUUGCGUUGCUUUGUAUUUGUUCCAAAGAUGCACUACUUGGAUUUUGGGAUGAACUUCAAAUCCUUGAGCCGCUUUAUCGAAAUUUACAAGUCGGAUUUUCAGGGUAGAAAUCCGAGUUGUGAGUUUAUUGCAGCAAUGUGAAACCCAUGUCUUUUUUUACUUGAAACAUUAGAUUUGUGCUUUAUUGAAAUUCUCUAAU